CGAGCCGAGUUUCAGCGUCAGAUUAGCCGAGAGCGCGCGCGUUUUUUCCCACGAUCAGGAAAAUCGAAUUCCAGAGCCAUGAAGGAUCGAUUCAAGUGGUUGUCGCUGGAGCUGCUCCUGCUGAUAGGCGCCGCAGUCGCCUUUCCGGACGGCGCUCCGGCGGACACGUGCGUGAAGCAGCGGGCGAAUCAGCCGAAUCAUGGCAAGGCCCGGAGUCAGCCGGCUCACUCGAAUCCGUACGAGGUGGUGGCCGAUGCGCAGACCUACCAUCCCGGCCAGCAGAUAUCGGUGGUCAUCUACCCGCACUCGGACCAGAGCACCGUCUUCCGGGGAUUCUUCCUGCAGGCGCGUGAUGCCAACUCGAACGAGUGGAUCGGCGAGUGGGUGCAGAGCGAGAACACCAAGACCAUUCCAGAGUGCUCGGCCAUUACGCACUCGGACAACCGGGACAAGCUGGGCGCCAAGCUCAUCUGGAAGGCACCGCAAAAUAAGCGGGGACAAGUCUACUUCACGGGCACUGUGCUACAGGAGUACGGAACGUUUUGGAGCGACAUUGUGAACAAAGUGCAGGCGGAGCGGCCAUAACUGAAAUUAUGUACUUACUUUUAAGGCAGCCGGGCAAUAAAUCUUAAAAACCCU